AUGGGUCGCCGUAGCUAUUGUCCUUCUCCCAAUGCGAUCCUGGCCUGGUCCCUCGGCCUGCGCCAUGCGUUUGAUGCAGACCAUAUUUCAGCCAUUGACUUGAUGACAAGGCGCUUGCUCGCGACUGGUCAAAAAGCUGUGACCGUUGGAACUUUUUUCUCACUUGGCCAUUCUACGAUCGUUAUAAUCACUUCGAUCGUUGUGGCGGCUACUGCCGCGGCUAUUUCUACGCGUUUCGACAAUUUCAGCACCGUUGGUGGCAUCAUUGGAACCUCGGUCAGCGCGGCGUUUCUCAUCCUGCUUGGUCUCAUGAACGCGUACAUCCUCUAUAAACUCAUCAAGCAGCUUAUCAAAGUCCUCCGACUACCCGAAGGACAAGAGGAUGAAAUCUGGAAGAUUGAAGGCGGCGGUAUCCUCUUCAAUAUCCUGAAGAAGAUGUUUAAGCUCAUUGACAGUAACCACCGCGACCCCAUUGCAUUCCUCUAUUACUCCAUUGUCCUCACCUGCUUGACCGUCAUGGUGGCAAUCGUCAUAGGGGUCAUCCAGGUCCUCUCUCUCGUUCUCAAUGUUGCGAGUCCCACUGGAAAGUUCUGGGAUGGCGUGGAAACGGCCGGUGAAUAUUACGACGUUAUUGGAGGCGGUAUUGCCGGCUGCUUCGUGCUCGUUGCCAUUCUUAGCGUUUUUGCCUACAAGCCGUGGAAAAGGUGGAUUACUCGACGAUACGGCAAGGGUAUUGUUUUGCAAGACGCACAGUCCCCGGAACCAGGCGCGGCGAUGGUCUCACCAGAUGACACUGCUAUUUCCAGCAAGGAAAAGGGGGUGCUGACCUCGACUAAAACUACGGAUCAGAAUGCGACUUCUGUCGGACGUGGGGCCUAA